AAUAAUUGAAAAUUUGAAUCGUUGAAAGUGUUUGUUUGUUUACUCUAGUGGCCUUUUAACUUCUUGAUCUUGCAUAAUGUGAAGCAGGAAAAGUUUUUGUUACGAGAAGUAAUAUUUAUGAAGUUAUUGUCUAGUUUUGCAUGACGAAAAUGAGCAUGGAAGCUAUGUUUGGUGUAUGGCGCUCAGUUUCAUGUUGCUGUAAGCAAAACUUUUUUCCAAUAAGUCAACUCUGCUGAUCAAAAAUUGAACACCCCACAGUUUCAUGCUGGCAGGAGGUGUCAACAGCAACUUUUUUAGUUCUGCAGCAAAAAUGGAAUCACCAUCUGGCGCAUGGGAUGAAACAACCCCUACAUCUUUGACAAGCGGCUCAUCGCUUGAUGGAUCUUGUUUUGAGGAUGGUCAGAGAGGUGAAUUUUUGGACUGCGUGAAAAGCCUUUUUGACGUUUUCGAUGCUGACAACAAAGGUUAUGUUACUGUAAACGAACUUGAAAAACAUUUGUCUUGUGAAGAUGAAAAUGAUAACAAGACGUAUCAAAAAUUCACGUCGCCGAAGUUAUUGAGUGUGCUGCAGCAAAUAUGUCCACCGAACGGAUUUAUAAGUUUCAGAAGAUUUUCCCUCGCUAUCCAAAUUGCACUUGGAAAGAAUCAGUUCGGGAGAACAGGAAGUUUAAGUCGAUCACUACGACCGAGAUCAUUUUUAUUUGCAGUUACGGAGUCAAAUGAAGAGGAACCAGCAAGUGACAAUAAUCGUGAGGGGAAUAAAUCAAGCAGAAUCAGCAUAACACCUGACGCCAACAUUUCAGAUAAAGAAGGAAAGUCUCUGGGCAAAGAUACUUUAUAUAAUGAUACUCUGAAUGAGAUUUUCUUGCUUCAAAGAUGCCUUGCUGAAACAAGCAAAGUAAAAGAGAUGUACAGCUCUAGACUAGCAGAGUUAGAGAAACUGAAAAUGAGAUUCCAUGAAGUGAAAAUGGGCUCCAAAAUGAAAUAUGAUGAUUAUUCCGCCUUUGACUAUUCUCAUAUUGGACUGCACAUAGAUAGAGUUUAUAAAAUGAAUCAAAAGCUUCAGAAGUCCCAGCUUACAAGUCAAACCAGUGAGGGAAUCGACGAUAUUUCGUCUCACAUACAACAGCUACAAAUCAAAAAGUCUUCACUGGUGAAAGACCUCUUUGGAAUAAGGGCAAGGAUUUUGAAUGAGCCGCUGGAAGAGAGCAUUCCGUUUUAAUGACACGUUGAUGACACGCCGAACUCUUAUCUUGGCUGGAAAAAACCAUCGGUGUCUUUAGACAGAGAAUGAUACCUUUUUGAUGUCGUUUUAGACAAAUGGCACAGUUCACUGCAGUUGUCUUGUAAGUUUUAAGACAAGCUUUUCUUCAGCGCUUGUGGUUUGAUAAAAAUCUUUUUGGGAUCAAUUUAUAUUGCCAAUCGAAAGAAUCAAGUAAUACUACUGAAAUCAUGCAGUCCAUGGACAACCAUUAGCAAUUGUGAAUAUCCAAAAUUAGUCUCAGAAUUGAUGCCAAUUUAGGUAUCUGCUGUGCUACGAAAAAGCAUCGGCCAUUUACAAAUGAAAUUCCCAUACCCAUAGUCGCAUAUUGUAUUCGAGUGUGCAUAACUGAUUUCAGAAAACAAUGUCUCACUUUGAUUUUCUUAUCACUUAUCAUCCAAGUUGUAUAUAUUUGAUCAAAGGCAUUCGAAAUUUCAAUUCAACCAAACGCAUUGAGAUAUAAAGAUAGAUCAUUGUUUUUCUUAAUCUAAGGAUUUGACGUCAGGUGCAUAUGUUAAAUAUAUGAACAAGAAAGAUAAUUAUUGUUCUAGCAAGAGUGAAACUUGCGUAAAGCUUUUAUACGGUAAAGCCUUUAUUGGCUACUGUCCGUUGAAAGGUUGUGUCCAUGGCCUCGAGGUUUCCUCUGCUUUCUCAUAGAAAAGACUCCUUCUUUUCUAUUUCUUUCUUUUUGAAGGUGAAAUUGGCGUGCGUUCCUUGUUAGUAGAAGGGCUAUUUCGGGCGGUAAAAAAGGCGUGGCUUAAAAAGUUUUGUAUAUAGGUAACAUAUUUUCCCACUACCAAAAGAAUAGAUUUUAGAUCACUUAAAUUUUGCAGUACCUUUGAGAACGUUUUAUCCAAGUCGACAUGUUAACAUUAUGAGCAAUUUAAGAAUAUCUCAAAUCAGGGCUCCACCCCAUCUCCCUUUUUCAUAGAAAACCCUAGGCACAGAUCUGCCUAUAAAUGAUAAGAGUAGUAGAUUGCGAUGCGAAUCCUCGUGUCUCAUAACAUUUCAUUUGAUCAGAUACCGUCCAUACCAACUCUGAACAUGCAUCAUCUCAUUUUGCUUUGAAAUGUAAAUAAGGUUCACGUGUGAAUAUGUCGAAGUAGUUAUUAAUAUUUAUGACAAAGAAGUAAUAUAUGAAAUAGUUAUUCUGAGACGUAAGUUUAUGAUUAGACGAUUAAAUGUUAGUUGAACAUUAAAAAUAUGUUUUAUGGCAAAAUUACAAA